AUGAAUCAAUUAAAGAUAUCGAUAGCAGAAAAAGAGUCCAAUUUAAAUGUAAUUGCGCCAAAUCAGAAAGUUCUUCUGCAGGAACUAUCAACUUUAAAAGAACAAGUUGAGAAUAUUGAGUUUGUUUCCUAUGAUGGUACACUCAUUUGGAAGAUAACCAACGUCUCUGAUAAAAUGUCUGAUGCACAGUCCGAGAGGCAACCAAGCAUCUACAGUCGCCCAUUUUAUAGUUCACCAACUGGGUAUAAAAUGAGGGCACGGUUAUACCUUCAUGGCGAUGGGAAUGCUCGCCGAACGCACAUGUCGUUAUUUAUUGUAAUAGUAAGGGGAGAGUAUGAUCGAAUACUCAAAUGGCCGUUUAAUCAUACGGUAACAUUUUGUUUAUUGGAUCAAUCCGGACAAAAUCGGCAUGUUAUUGACUCGUUUCGACCUGAUAUAAAAUCGAAUAGUUUCCAGAGACCGCAAUCUGAAAUGAACAUAGCUAGUGGCAUCCCUAAAUUUUUUCCUCUGCCUAUGAUUCAGGAAGCUGAUAAUAACUAUGUUAAAGAUGACACAAUGUUUAUCAAGGUUAUUGUUGAUUUUGCCGAUUUAUCAAAAAUGAUCCUGCCAUAUGUGCUGAGUCUAAAUUCAGGCUUACCUUAUCAUGUACAGCAGUAUAUGAUUCAACAAGAAAUUCAACGAAGACAGAAGGCUGCUCAAACUCCAGUCAGUCCGCUUCCUAAUCUCGACUCUGCUUCUAACACCUAUGGCUAA